CGGUCUCAGUCGCCAGUCGCGCUCCAUGCCCCAGAGGGGCUGCACGUGUCCUCGCUGUCUCUCGCGACUUAUGUAACCAUCCGCACGGUGAGUCCGCAGCCUCCGAGCCCCUUCCACCCUCGCCUCCAUCGACCCCGCGAUUCCGAGCCGCUAAUUCAUUCCGCCGCGACGUGCGAACGCUCGCUAUACCGCCUGUUCCAUACGAUAAACUCAAAACUUCGCUUGACCCUUACGUUCAUGCCAGCUGAGUGGUGACAUAAUCGAUGCAAUUCGACGAUACGAAGCACCAAUAGAACGAUAACAAAUUAUUUACACAGUGUAAUCGACGAAGCGCCUUCAACAAUUAUAUCAAUUAAUAAGCUAGCUUAUAAAUAGUAUAGUGUACACAAGUGCCAAGCCGUGCGCGGUAUUUAGUAUAGGUACGUUCGCACAUGACACACGGCUUUGUGACGUAGUGUGUCUGUACCCGGUACAGACGGUGUUCGGGUCGAGCGCGGUCGCCAAGAUUGAGGUGGUUGGGUGCGGGUGGGGCAGGCGCGCGCGCGUGCGUCCCUUGCACGCGUUGGGUCGCGCGAGCGGCAUGUUGGCCUCGCAGCGGUCGCAGUCCUGCAACGAGGAAGGUGCGUUUUUCGGCGCGCGCGCGCUCCGCCGGCCGCGCGGGAAGGGCAGUGGCAGCCCGCCUUGCUAGGGGUACGCCAUGUCGCUGCGCAGCCUGCACCGGAGGCUCUCCUCCGUUAAUAACACAUGCGAUGACGGUGGAGGCGGCGCGGCGGCAGGUACAGGAGGGCGCACGGCGUCGCUACGGCUGGCCAACGGCCGGGUCGCGACGCAGUCGGCCGAGCAUCUUCCGCACUCGCCGGCUGACUGCGCCUCCGUGCGCAUCUCCAUGGACAAUACCAACACGUGCUGCACGGACUCGCUCGUCACCGCCCUUGACGAUGAGACCCUGCUUCUAGGCGACGCUGAUAUGUCGCUGAAACAAGGCAGCGGCACCGGCAAAGUCCAUUUCGGUGGCUUGGACGAUGUGUCAUUGUACGGCACGCCCGUGGAGCCAGCCCCACCAGCCCCAGACGCCAAGCAGGGCUUCCUCAGAAACCAAUUGCAGGCGCUCUUCCAACCCACCGACAACAAACUAGCUAUGAAGCUCUUCGGCUCAAAGAAGGCGCUGAUGAAAGAACGCAUCAGGCAGAAGGCGGCUGGCCACUGGGUUAUACACCCGUGCAGUAGUUUCAGAUUUUACUGGGACCUCUGCAUGCUGCUGUUGUUAGUCGCCAAUCUGAUCAUUCUGCCUGUCGCCAUUUCCUUCUUCAACGACGACCUCAGCACUCGAUGGAUAGCCUUCAACUGUUUAUCGGAUACUAUAUUCCUUAUAGAUAUCGUUGUUAAUUUUAGAACAGGAAUAAUGCAGCAAGAUAAUGCAGAACAAGUGAUAUUAGAUCCCAAGUUAAUAGCAAAGCACUAUUUAAGGACGUGGUUCUUCCUGGACCUCAUCUCUAGUAUACCACUAGAUUAUAUAUUCUUGAUCUUCAAUCAGGUAAACGAUUUUAGUGAAAGCUUUCAAAUUCUACACGCCGGUCGUGCUUUAAGGAUACUUCGGUUAGCAAAACUUCUAUCUUUGGUUCGACUACUUCGACUUUCAAGACUCGUCCGAUAUGUUUCGCAAUGGGAGGAAGUAUAUAUCUUGCAGAAUCUACAAAAAAAGCGCACGGAACGGAGGGGACGUCUCAGCUCCGACGUUGCCAAAAAGAAGGGUGACACGAAAAGCAAUCUGAUAUUUAAGUUUCUCAACAUGGCGUCCGUUUUCAUGCGGAUAUUCAACUUAAUCUGCAUGAUGUUAUUGAUCGGUCAUUGGUCUGGAUGCCUUCAAUUCCUUGUGCCUAUGCUUCAAGGAUUUCCGCCUAAUUCGUGGGUGGCGAUUAACGAAUUGCAAGAAGCUUUUUGGCUGGAGCAGUAUUCAUGGGCGCUCUUCAAAGCGAUGUCCCACAUGCUCUGCAUCGGGUAUGGCCGCUUCCCCCCCCAGUCGCUCACAGACAUGUGGCUCACGAUGCUCUCCAUGAUAUCUGGUGCUACCUGUUAUGCCCUUUUCUUGGGUCACGCAACAAACUUGAUUCAGAGUCUUGACUCGUCGCGUAGGCAAUAUCGUGAAAAGGUGAAACAAGUUGAAGAAUAUAUGGCAUACCGAAAGUUACCGCGUGAGAUGCGACAGCGAAUAACAGAGUACUUCGAGCAUCGAUACCAAGGGAAGUUCUUCGACGAGGAACUAAUUCUUGGAGAGUUGAGCGAAAAGCUACGUGAAGAUGUCAUCAACUACAACUGCAGGUCGCUAGUUGCAUCCGUGCCUUUCUUCGCGAAUGCAGACUCCAACUUUGUUUCUGAUGUCGUCACUAAAUUGCGUUAUGAAGUCUUCCAGCCUGGUGAUAUUAUCAUAAAAGAAGGAACCAUCGGUAAUAAGAUGUAUUUUAUUCAAGAAGGCAUAGUAGACAUAGUGAUGGCCAACGGCGAAGUAGCGACCAGUCUAUCGGACGGGUCUUAUUUCGGCGAGAUCUGUCUACUGACAAAUGCCCGACGAGUUGCCUCCGUCCGCGCCGAGACUUAUUGCAACCUAUUUUCCUUAUCAGUGGACCAUUUUAACGCUGUACUUGACCAAUAUCCACUAAUGCGCCGCACAAUGGAGAGCGUCGCGGCGGAACGUCUGAAUAAGAUCGGCAAGAAUCCCAACCUCGUCGCGCACCGGGAAGACGACACGACGUCGGAGGGGAACACCAUCAACGCCGUGGUGAACGCGCUGGCCGCGGAGGCGGAACACGUGAGCCUGUCGGACGACAGCGUGGCGCGCUUGUCGGAGCGCUCGCUGGGGCUGGCGCUGCAGCCUCUGCAGGCGGCGUCCUGCCGCAUGGCGGGCGUGGCGCUGCCCGGGCUGGGCGUGGCAGCGGCGGCGCUGCCGCGGCCCAAGUCCGAGCACGACUUCAGCUCGGCGCAGGCGCAGCAGCCGCCGCUGGCGGCGGGCGGCGCCAGCUUCCACAAGUCGGACGCCGGCAUCGCCCCCUGACGCCGCACCCUCAGCUAGGCCGCGACGGCCGACCGAUAGCAAUACUAGGCUUAGUGCGAGCGCGCGGCGCCUCGCUAGGUGUAGCGUAGACGCGAGUAUUAGCUGCGACUCUGCCGGGCGAACGCGCCCGCCGAAUCUCAUUUUGUGAUCUUAUACUUAAUUCUCCUGUGUUAUUUAGGUUAAAUUUUAUAUCAUCGACGCUGUGACGAAUACGCGACGUAUUCCGAUUAUAUAGACACUGUUAUAUAUUGAAACUAUCGAGUCUUAUAGUAAUACCUUGCCACUAAAGAGAAAAUUAUGUAGACUAGACUGAAAUGUAAAGAUAUCACUAUUUUAUGCUUUGUUGGCGUACGUGAACCUUCAUUGUUGACGGUUGAGGAACAUUCGUUCGCGUAUGAACGUUCAGAGUUUAUCGUUGCCGGUAGAGACGAUAACGGAGAUUAUUAUAUAUCUGAAGUUGUUGAUAAUUAUUAUUAUUAUUACUUAUUAUGUAAACGUUGAAGCGUAGAGAUGUGUAGAGUUGCGUGAUGACUCGUUCGCCCCGCUUUAUUUAGAUAGUCGUGUAACAUGUCCUAUUUUUGCACAUAACCUACUAUAUUCGUGUGCCAUAUAAAUUUAUUUUUAUAUUUUUCGGUUAGGCAUUUACACAGAAUCGCAAUCGUAUGUAACAAAAAUAUUUUUUAGAUGUAUUUAAGAAUACUUUUAUAUUGUACGUGUCCUGUUUUCCCAACAAUAUUUUAACUUAAAAACAAUUUUAUUUAUUUAACAUUAAGGAAAAUACAAUAAAAAAUAAACGGUUGGUUCAAAACAAACACACGUACAACUAGGUUUACUAGAAGUUUAUUUAUUCUAUGUAGGUAAUUAAAAUGGUAUUUUUGUUAGUAUUGUUAAUAUCAUCUAUCCACAUAUCGUAAUCCCAAUGAAUCCUAACCAUAUAAGUGUAAAAGUAGAGUAAUCAUUUAAUUUUAUAGAUUAUUAUACGCGGGCGAGCGAGUGUUACCGCAACACGCGGUGACGCACCGUGCAGUGCACAAUUGACGCACAACCUUUAAACUCUCACAGUUCAGUAGCACCGUCGCUUUCUUAUUUUAACAUUUCAUAGUCAUAUCUGCCUCGUGGCAUACAAUUCUCUCGGUUUCCUAAGUAGAUUCGAAUCAGUAGCGCUUGAAUCGUUGGUUUUUGUAAAUAUUGUAAGUACGAGGAUUCGCCUUUUAGUGUAUUGUUUUAUAGAAGUGAUAAACGGACACGUGUCAGCGGUCCAGUCAAUUAAACCGGAGCGCGCGGUACUGCGCAACAAAUUGAUGCACACUACACUUGGUACCUUAUUUUAAUUGUAGGAAAAUUAAUUUAUUAUCGAUAGUGAUCAUUUCGUAGGAUUAAGUAGGCCCGAGCGGUAAUAAAUUCGGACGAAUUACGUUGUGAUAGUGCAGCUAGGCUGCUGUCUUGCCGCCGGCUCGGCGAUACUCGACGUCAUAGCGUAAGAUAUAAUAGCUCAACUGUGCAUGGACGAUGCUUAUACUUCUUUCUAUUUAACAUAUUUAAUUCUGCCUUUAUUAGCUGAUAUUUUCAUUGGCAGUAAGCUCUUAGACAUUUUGCAAGUGCUUCUUGAAAUUGUAAUAACUAGAAACAUUAGAUGACCGCAACGAUACUUCCCUUGGUUAGAGUAGAGUAGUCGUUGAGCCGACCGCCGCCGGCGCCGCAUCUUUGGCACAUUUCAUCGUUGACUAAUUAUUCUUAUAGUAUCAUAACAAUUUGUAAAAUAAUUUUGCAAAUGUUGACUUUUUAGCCAAAAUAUAGAUAAUGAAUGACGAACCAAUACGCAGUAGCUUACUAGUAGAUGAAUGCAGCCUAGUUUUCCGUUUUGGCGACUAACACCAAUAGGUACUAUGUACUCUUAAGAUAUUUAUACAAUUGAGACCUUAGCAGAGUGACGUUCAGUCAAUUUAUCUACAGAGUAAUAUUAUAUUACGUUUGAUCCCCGAAAGCAUUUAUUUACUGUUGUUUUAUCUGACAUUGAUGCUUUUUGUAAAGUAUAUAAAUUUUAUAGAAGAGAUCUAUUUUUAUUGUGAAGUUGAGCUGCUGGUUAUAACAGAGAAAACUAUACGAAACAAGAUUUUUUUUAUCUGGACUGUUAAUUAGUGUAUAAUUAUUAUAAUUAUAUUAUACUGAUUUCUGGUAUCUAUUUUCACCAAAAGUGCUCAUCGCUGUCAAGAAAAUUAGAGAAAAUGCAUUAAAAGAAUGAUGAAAAUCC